ACUUUAACUACAUAAUUCAACUUGACUAAAGUGACAUAAUCGUCAUCAAAGUGCCAAAUUAGUGAAUUAUCUCUAUAAUUUCUUUAAAUUUUUGUUUAAAAUGUCUAUUUGUGAGCACAUGACUAACCCUUUCGAGUUCGAGCCGGGUGGAAAAAACGGCUCGAAAAUUAAUAUCCAGGAUGAAUUAAUUUGGGGUUUGGCAUAUAGGAACAUUAAAGAACGCGAGAAAAAUCAGCCUAUGCAACCAAUGCAUUCUCCAAUCGAUAUUCCUUUUCAGUUAUGCAGAGCUAAGCUAUUAGGAAAAAGAAAGAAAAGAAAGUCGUUAAGCGAAAGGGAGCUAAGCAGAGAAAAUAAAGACGCGGAAUCUAUAGAUAAUAAGGAAACGCUUAAAAAACGAAGAAAGGAAAUAGACAAGCCUUCUCUAUUGGAUCGAAGUAUAAUGUCUCAAAAUAAGUAUAUGGAUUUCCUUUCCAUUCCUAAUCCAAAAUUUUCGGACGAACCUAAAAAGAAAAAAUAUAAAAGGAGAUGCGAAUUAGAACCUUGCCCGCCACGUUUCGUUCAAUUAGCUGUACCGAACAAGCGAAGGGUUUUCAGCAACUGGAAAGACUACGCUCACUUCUUACCUACCGAAAUGUUGAUGAGAUACGAAGAAAUACUUCACACCGACCAAAAUUUAGACCCAAGAGAAGCGAGAUACUAUUAUAAACAAUUGGAUAGACAAAAACGAAAAAAAUUGAGAAAGAAAAAACGAUUGAUGAAGAAAAAAAUGAAGGAAGCUGAAAAACAUACAGAUCUGGAAAAGAAGAUUAUAGAAGAUUUAGCUAAAGACCUUGUAGAUUAUAUCGAGGACGAACCACUGUUUACGCUCAAUUACAAACAGAUGCUGUUAUCUGAUGGAAUAUUAGAGCGACUGGAGUCUUCUAACGUCAUGAAGAAACCUAGUAGAAAAACGAAAAACCACUAUAAGAAAACCGUUAUUGAAAUAUCCGACAAACUGGCUGUUUGGAUAGAUACUCUUACAAGAUUUGUGGACGUACAGGCUAUAGAAUGUGAGGAAGAUAUUCCGCCUUUGUCAAUAUCUUCUCUAUCCAGUGAGGGCGAAGAAGAUGAAGGCGAAAGCGAUUACUAUGAAUAUUCUUCGGAAGAUGAGUUACGCGACGAUCAAUUAUUUGGUCCAGAAUCUGGUGUAUGGGAAGACCAAGGAAUAUUUGAAGAUGAGAAGGAUUUGUUGCCUGGUAUAAUUCCUGGCGAUAUGCGUGACGAAGGAGAAGGAGAAAUCGGUUUGGAUGAUAUCUUUGAUGGCAUGGACGUAGAUCUUUUAGAAAAGUUGAUCAGAAUUCUUAGCAAUUGUCCUGACGAGUUCCUCUCAGGCCUUGUUGAUGAUAAUAAAAUGCCAGGAGUAACGUACCAGGACGUCUUGGAUAAAUUAAAAGCUCUUAAGGAAGCUCUACCUAGUGAAAAAGGAGACAAACCUUUCAUGGAGCAAGUGUUGAUAGAUUGGGCGCUUAGAAAUGAUCCCGAUGAAGUCAACGAUGACUUGCUGGGUAAAAUUCACGAAGUGGCCGGACUUCUAGACGAUUGGCUGUUUGCUACUAAGCCCGAUAAAGACAAAACCAAAGAUGACGCAAGGAGCAAAGGAGAAGGAGAAGAAGGGGAAGAAGGAGAAGAAGGAGAAGGAGGACAAGAAGGAGAAGAAGGAAAAGUAGAAAAAGAAGGAGAAGAAGACAAAGAAGGAAAAGAAGGAAAAGGAGAAGAAGGAACAGAAGGAGAAGAAGGAAAAGAAGGAGAAGAAGGAGAAGAAGGAGAAGAAGGAGAGGGAGGAGAGCAAGGAGAGGAAAAACCGGCCGGUGAAGGAACUGAAGGAGAAACUAAAGAAGGAGAUUCAGAUGGACAGGAAACCGAUGAUAAAACGAUUGACAAGGAAGGUACACUCGGUGAAGGUGGACCUGAAGACGAAGCCAAGGAUACGACUGAAGAUGGAGCUAAGGAAGAGGGUGGUGGCUUGAAUCUUCCAGACUCAUCGAGAAUCUCUAAUUCAACUGACAUGGGCGAUUACACACCGGACGAGACGGAUGAAGAAACUCCUAAAGGCGGAGAUGACUUUAUUCCCGAAUAUUCAGGAGAAGAAGGAAUGGGAGGCGAAUCAGAAACCUACUUUGGAGUGCCACCGAAGAAACCGGAACAUGUGCCAGAUUCGUCACUUGGCGAAGGAGACGAAGGAGAGGAAGGAAUCGAUGUUCUUUAUGAACCUACACGAGAAGGAGAAGAAGGAGAAUAUGAUGGUAGACUGGGACCGAAACCAGGAGUACCAAUGCCGAAACCAGGAGACAUUUGUGAGGACAAAGAUGUGGACGGAAGAAUUAUCAAGGGUCACAAGCCGUCUAAAGUAUUUGAGCAUUCGCCAGAUACAGUUUGCUGUUUGUCACUUAAGACCUGGGCAGUAUGGUUGUUGGAAAUCACUCAUAACGCUCAUAACUGGACGCAAUGGAUUAGUACUGUCAUUCAGCAAGUCCGAGAAUACGCUUCCAUUGUCAGAGGUGAUGUGAAAUUACCGUCGGGAGAAACUAAAGUGCUGCACAAAGCCGAUUGGAGAAGAUUUAUUCAAGAGACUGAAGAGAAUGUGGUAGCCUGGCGACAAUAUAGCGCUCAUGUUAAAGAUUUAUCGAAUAGUAUAAUAGAAAAUUUCCAUGGUAAGCCUGUAAAUUGUUGUCCCAAAUGCUUGGAGGACCAACUUAUAAAGAACGUGGUUGUCGCCCAUGAUACUCUUCAAGCCUUAACGGAAGCCAUAAGUUGCGCAGCUUACUGGCAGAGGUGUUUGGACACUUUGGUAGAGAGAACUAGUGAACUGACCACACCUCAUAAAGACGAUAAAGAAGGGCAAGAUGAGGAUACCAGUAGCAGCGAAACUGGUAGUGUUGACUUAGAAGAACUAGCAAAAGAAGAGGAGAGCGGUGAAUCUGUUUACGACAUUGAAGGCGUAUAUAAUAGUGAUAGUAGUAGUACAAAAUGAUAAAAUCUUAAUAAUAUAUAGUGGUUUUUCAAAUUAGUAACAUUUGUGGUCUUUUUGUUAAGUUCUUUCAUUAUUAAUUUUUCGAAUUAUCCUAAACAACAUAAUAUUUUGAUAUCUACACACAACUUUUUUAUUAAUGAAAUCUUUUAAAAUUGUCGAAUAAAAAAACGUCUGUUAAUAAAUUGUCUAUGUCAAA